GAUCGAAAAAAAAAAACAAGAAGGGAAAGUAUUUAUACCACGGCGCUUAGCUUCUAGAAAACGGAGGUAAAACGUUAGAAAGGUCUGGUGUGGAAAUGGCAAGUGCUCUAUUACCUCUUCUUUCUUCUUCCUCUUCUCCUUCUAGACCCCUAUGUUUGCCCUCCAACUCCUCCUUAUUUACGAUCCUCUCCACUCGUCGUCUUCGUUUAUGCUGCAAUUCUCGCAAAAACCGGCCUCAUGUGACCCUCCGCCUAUCCGCCAUCGAUUCUACCGCGCCCUUGUCCAAGGGCAGUGGUGAUGAUUCCAAGAAGCCUCUGCUCGAAGUCAGAGAUUUGACGGCCGUGAUUGCAGAGACGAAACAAGAGAUUCUUAAAGGCGUAAAUCUCGUCGUUUGUGAAGGAGAGGUUCAUGCAAUAAUGGGGAAGAACGGUUCUGGAAAGAGUACACUGUCAAAGGUUCUUGUUGGGCACCCGGAUUAUGAGGUGACCCGAGGCAGUGUUGUGUUUAAAGGGGAGAACUUGCUUGACAUGGAACCAGAGGAAAGGUCCCUUGCUGGGCUUUUUAUGAGCUUCCAGUCUCCAGUCGAGAUUCCGGGUGUUAACAAUAUCGAUUUCUUGAAUAUGGCAUACAAUGCUCGAAGGAAGCAACUUGGGGAGCCAGAACUUGGCCCACUUGAGUUCUAUGCUUACAUUGCUCCUAAACUCGAUCUUGUAAACAUGAAGAUUGACUUCCUUAACAGAAAUGUCAAUGAAGGGUUUAGUGGAGGUGAAAGGAAGCGCAAUGAGAUUUUACAACUUGCUGUUUUGGGGGCAGACUUGGCCAUACUGGAUGAAAUUGAUUCUGGGUUAGAUGUUGAUGCACUUAGAGAUGUAGCAAAAGCAGUGAAUGCACUUCUGACUCCAAAGAACUCUGUUUUAAUGAUUACACAUUAUCGACGACUUUUGGAAUUCAUAAAACCAACUCUUGUCCAUAUUAUGGAGGAUGGACGAAUCAUGAAGACAGGAGAUAGUUCCUUAGCAGAACUUCUUGAGAAGAAAGGCUAUGCUGCAAUUUCUGCUGUAUAGCAGCAAGCUAUUUAAAUUCAGAACCGUCUACUGAUGAAUAUUUAUUUGAAUCUAUUUAUAUUCUAGUUGAGUGAAAUGUUGCACUUUUGUCCUUGCUAGUGAAGAACAUUAGAGUUCAAAUUGUAAAAUGUAUCUGGGAAUGUCCAGAUACAUUCUUUUAAUGUAUUUUUAACUAAUUACAGUAGCACCAGCUGAAGCUGCAACUACUGUGGACGCUCAGGCAGUGGAUGAACAUUCUCAUGGUUUUGCUGAAGAGAUAUAUAAGAACAUAGCUCCCAUUAUCUGUUGUUACUGGAAUUUUAUUUUAUUAUUAUUAUUUUUUUAUGGAAGAAUCUGAGCAGCGUUGGUGUUUACUUUUCCGGUACCAAAUAAACAUUAUUCCUUUUC